GAACUUCAGUUUUCUCUAGUAUGAGAGAGCAGAUACCGAGCGUAAUAAAUGAGUAAAUACAAAGGAAAAUGAAACAGGAAAUGUUUCUUCUGCACGUACUUCCCAGCUGGUUUUCCCUGGUCGCAACUUCUGCAUUGAUUAAAUUAAGCUAAGUAUUGCUGUUUAGACAAUUUUCAUUUCUAGUCUGAAGAGAAAUCGGAGUGCUUAACCAAAAUUAAGAAAUGAAAAUUUCAAAUAUGUUGAUACUAAUUUUAGACUGUCAGCCAAAUUGAAUUUCGAAACACAUGUGCUGGGGAUUAUGAAGUUACCAUAUGAUAUAACCAUGCAUCUUCGAUAUUGGGUUUACCGGAGGAACCUUAGUAACAACCCUCGAAGCCCUUUCCGCUCCAAUGAAGACAUUAUGCAGAAAGCGGGGUGCUGUAUCAGUGGAUUCCUUGGAAUCCUGUUCCUAGGCCUGGCUGUGAUGUGUCUAUUUUCUCCUGAAGCAGACAAAGAUGGGAAACUGUUCCUUCUUUUCACAGGACUCUUCGGACUCUUCGAAUUCAUAUGUUUUAUAUACUGUUGCAUUCCUUGGUUCUGCAAAUAUUGCUGUAAUUCCGAAAAUGAAGAAGUGGGCGAUGAUGCCAGAAGUUCACUUCUGUCAUCUAAAGAAGAUGUUAAUCAAGAAGUUCCCGGUAACCAAGGAAUUGCGAAUUAUCAAGCUUGUGCCGGUUAUCCGGAAGUUCCCAGUUAUCAAGCAGGCGCAAGUUAUCUAGGAACUCCGAGUUAUCAAGCAGCACCUCAUAGUGCUGAAGGCGUCUGCUUUCCAGGAAUACCAGUCUUUGGUCCUCUAGCCAAUUAUGAAGGCGUAUUUGCACAUCAACAAAUUCCGAUCUAUCAGGAAGACCUAGUCGAACCACAGCUGCCUCCUUAUUCGUCAAAGUGCAUACACCAUAUUAAGAUUCCAAAAAGCGACAUCCAUGUGUACUAAUGCACCUUUUUGUUUAUACUCAUUUGUUAGUUACCAAGAAGUGUUUUGCGUUACAGAUGGUGACUAUAUGCUAGAAAAGGCUGUCUUGUAGGCUUCUAGCCAUUAAUGAAAUCGUAUUUGCUCAUUAAUCAGUAUUGGAAAUCAGGGAUUAUCAGCAAGAACUAAAUAGAACCACAGAUUUCUCCAUAUUUGCCUAGGUAUUUUGGCGGUAUGCGAUGCGCUAGAAUAGAACCUGGGAUCUUGUGGUUAGCAGUCCAGUAACUAAACCAUUUUACCAAAACGAUCGUUCAGGUAGAAGAGUUGUUAACUGGAUUAUAUGCUAUUCACCACAGUAUAUACAUCGUACUACAAUUCCAAAAAACAAAGUUUAUGUGUACUAAUGCAUCUUCUUUGUUCUGACAAUUCUAUUAUUUAGUCAACGACUGGCUGUAAUAUUUUAUGCGCAUUUGGUAUUUAUCUAAAAGUGCUUUAUUUUACAAAAGGUGGUUUUCCAGAACAGGCUAUCCUUAAACCUCUAGCCAAUUCUGAAAGUAUAUUUGCUCAUCAACAAAUUAACAUCGUACCGGAAGACCUAGUCUCACCAAAGUCUCCUCUUUAUUCACUUGGGUACAAACAACAUAUCGCGAAUCCACAAAGCGACAACUUCCUUUUUGUUCGGUGACUGUUAUAUAUUUAGUCAACGGCUGUGGGUAAAUUCUUGUUGUUUCUUAUGGCACUUGCCAUGGACAAGCCCGCUCUUCAAAGACAGCCGAUUUAAGCCAAAAGGGGAGCGCCUCUUGUUUUUAUCGUAGAGCCAAUUUGAGCCAAGAGUACGACUUGACGACUCACGCAACACUCAUUCACUUGCACAACCCCUUUUUACCGGAGGGCACAUUCACAAAUCUCCCAGAUAGAACAGGAAGAACAACCAUGCCCAAACCAGGACUCGAACCUGGGACGCCUAGAACACGAGGAAAAUGCGCUACCCCUAAGCCAGGAGGCCGGCUGGUAGAUUCUUUUACUUACGUUUGCUAGUUAUCAAGCAGAGAAUUACAUUCAUUACGGCACUCCAUCCCAACACCGUGCACGAAGCACAUCGUUGGCAGCAGAGAAUUACAGUGUGGAAGGUGGCAAUUUUCCAGGAUUAGUAGUCUUUUAACUUCUAGACAAUUAUGAAGAAGAAUAUUUUUAUCAAUAAUAUCCCAUCUCUCAUCAAGAACUACAGUAUCCUCCUUAUUUGCCUAGAUAUAGAAAGAUCACCUAGAUACGUCGUACUGAAAGUUCGCCUAGCUGCAUCGACAUAUACAUUUUAUUGUUCCAACAGCUCUUUGUAUUUAGUCAACGAUUGUGUGUAAAUUAUUUUAUACUCAUUUGUUGUCACAAUCAGCACUUGUAGCAUGAGACAAUCAUUUUUAUUUAUGAAGACAUCCUUUCAGUGUUUGAAAGCAUGUGAAUUGUGUUAUACCUAUUCAUAUUUAGAUUAAUAUACAUUUGUAUUAUAGAAAUGUCCAUUUGUAUUUUUUUCAUAAAUUGUAAAAAUAUAGUUAGUGAUGUAAUUUAUUAUUUUUUGCACCAUUUAACUGUUAUGGUCGGAUUGGGCAUUAUAUAUGACCAUAAAAUGUUCAGAAAAAGGUUUUUACGUAUGGUUAUGGUUGAUUUGUUUCUUUUAAAUUUUUUUCUAGAAAAAUAUGAGAAAAUAUAUAAAUGACUGAAUGCACUUAUAU